AUGCUUAAACUGGGGAGAGAGAGGAACACAGCCCCUAGGAGAAGAGCCAAGGCGCCCGCCAGGCUUGCUGGUGCACUGGACCAAAGAGGAGAAUUACAUGUUCCGGCUGGCGUGCCCGAGCGGGACUGUGACUAUUACGACGAGAAGGUCGUCAAGGUGCUGAAUUCGGAGCUGGCGGACGCGCUUGGGGGGCUCCUGAAUCGGUGCACGGCCCCCAGCAUUAACCCCAGCAACACCUACCCUCGCUUCUCAGAGUCCUGCUUUCCGAAGGAGACAGAGGCCACGGGCAGGGCUUCUGCGGAAGACUACGAGCUCGUGGCGUCUGUGGCGUCGCUGCCUCUGCAGGUGGCUGGUUAUUUCGAAGGUUUCCAGAUCUACAAGGCUUUGGAAUGCAUCGCCCUGUGCGUGCGGCAGACCAACGGUUUCUUCCAGAGACACAGGCCCUGGAAACUCGACCAAAAAGACCCUGGCGAGCAGCUCUGGCUGGACACCGUCGUCCACGUGACGCUGGAGUGCCUGCGUGUCUACGGGACGCUCCUGCAGCCCGUGAUCCCUCACGCCGCGGACAGGCUGCUUUCCAGGCUGGCUGUUGAGCCGGAGGAGAGAGGCCUCUCGAGUCUGACGUUCCUGCCCCGCUACGACGGGAAGCCGUGUCCCUUUGAGGGGCGACAGCUCGGACCCGACACCGGCGUCUUGUUCCCCCGGCUGCUGAGGUCCCUCGGGAUGGCCGCAGGACCACCUCGCCUCCCAGCCACGCUCCCAGCACGCCUGCUGAGCGUGCAGCCUGCCCUGCCACCCAGAUCGUUCAUGAAGACGCUGAACAAGCCCAGCGUUGACCCCUGGGGUGCACUGUUUGUUACCAGUGCUCAGCUGGACUUUGUGUCCCUGAUCGCUGCCUUCUAG